CGUGCGCGUCCUUCCGGUUUUGGGAUGAAUUGCUUUGGUGCAGUGUUUUUAUUUCUUUGAAUGCAUUGAUUGUGUUUCAGCGGCCUCAGAGUUGAUGGAUAUUACUUUAGCUUGAUGCUUUCCUUCUCCUCGAUCUGGCCAUGUCAUUCAAAACCGCAACCCAGCUGAGCUGACGAAGUGAAGCAGCUUCCGGUUGCCAUGGAGACGGAGAGUGAGCAUCAUGGGAUGUUUGUGGAUCCGGACUUUCCUGCUGAGGAGUCCUCACUCUUCUGUGACUACACCACGCCCCUCCCCAAACUGCUGGGUGAUGUCACAUGGCUCCGCCCACAGGAGAUCUGCAAGCAGCCUCAGCUCUUCCCCGAUGACCCUGUGGAGGCCCACCCAAAGCAAGGCAUCCUGGGAGACUGCUGGUUGCUCUGUGCCUGCUCCAUGUUACUCAAGAACCAGCAUCUUCUGAACAAGGUAUUUCCACCAGAGCAGCCUUUGUGGGGUGACCGUGUUUACCACGGUGAGUUCCGGGUUCAGUUCUGGCAGAACGGGCGCUGGAUAGAGGUACGGGUGGAUGACCAACUGCCCUGUAUCAAUGACACUCUCUGCUUUUCACGAUGCCAGAGCCCUAGGGCAUUCUGGGUAGCACUUUUGGAGAAAGCUUAUGCCAAGUUACAUGGUUCGUACGAGCGUUUGUGGGCGGGGCAAGUAUGUGAGGCAGUUGUGGACUUGAGUGGAACCAUAGCAGUACGAUGGAAUCUAAAAGGGGCGGAGUCUCCACAACAGCCCAACGACUCCCAGACUCAACACACACCUAAUGGGAUGAGACUAUCUGAACUCUCACUGGAGCUGAAGGAGCGAUGUGCCAUCGGCUGCUGUGUCCACAGCGCCCCCACAGUGUUACAAGCUCUUGGUGCAUAA